UGUCUCCUCCUCCUCCUUCUUCUUCUUCCCGCGACAUCCGCGAUCGCUCGCGCAGAAAACGCGGGAGAGCUGCUCGCAUGGAGGGAACCCGGGAAACCCCCAUGGUCCGACCUCCCGCCGGAGAUCCUCUCCAUGAUCGGCGAUCGGCUCCGCACCCGCAUGGACGUCCUCCGGUUCCGCAGCGUCUGCUCUUCGUUCCGCUCCUCCAUCCCCCCGCCUCCCCGCGACGCCCCGCGGUUCCCUCUCCGGACACCUCGCCCGUUCCCUCUCUGGAUACCUGGCCUGCGGAGUUCCGACCUCUUCCUCCGCGAGAGCACGGUCUACGCCCUCGGGACGGCGGGCGGAGGAGCCGCGCAGUGGCUGCUGAAGCUCCAGGAGUCGGAGGAGCUCGGGCACAUGCGGAUGAUCAGCCUCUUCUCGGGGCGGCGGAUCACGUCCUUGCCCCCCGAGUUCCCGGAGGUAGUCGAUCCUGUGCAGUCCCGAAUCGUCGAAAUCUGUAGAGAAUACACGAUCGAUUACGGGCUCAAUUGGUUAGCCGGCGGUCGACUUAAGGUGAAAGCAGUGAUGCAACCGGAUUGUGUAGGGUCUGAUCUAGAUCAGUGCUCGUUCUAUUUCGUCGACGUGAUAGGGCGAUUGAGUUAUUGGAAGUACGGGGAUGAGAAUCCAAUCCGUUCAGGUGAUGAGCUACCGCCGGGCAGCGGAUAUGCGGACAUUGCGGUUUACCAAGGCAAAGUCUGCGUGCUCGACCGGCUGGGGUCGGUUUGGCAGUUCGAUUCGUCCUUCCGACUUCGAAGGCUCGCGCGGCGGACCCCCCCCGGGGGCAUCUCGCCGCCACCCUUUUUUUAUAAGCACUUGGUGGUGUCGGGCGACGAUCUUUAUGUAGUGGACAUACGCUGGAGAGUGUCGGAUACCACGGUGUCGACGGCGCUUUGGGCCUAUAGAUUGGAUCAGCAACGCGGGAGAUGGGAGGAGGUGUGGAGCCUGGGCGGUUCGGCUUUCUUCAUCUGCAGCCACUGCACGUUCGCGGUCGCGGCGCACGGGCUCGACGGGUGCGAGGGGGAUUUUGCAUCUACUACAAGGAUGAUCGGGGUCCCCUUCGACCGUUUCCAGCGGGAAAGGUUUGAGGCGUCCAGCUUGCCGGACCGUAGCCACAAGCGGCCCGGCGACUUCGCAGUGCUCUAUUCUCCUUUCAGAAGGGGGCAAUUCAUAGGUGAUUGGGAUGACGUGGAUGAAACUUUGUGGUGA